AUGGAAGACGUGCUGGGAAGACGGUUCACUGAGGGGCAGCCGAUCGCGGUCUUGCUCUGCUCAGUCCUUACCGUCAUUGCAUUGGCUCUCGUCUUUGGUGGCUUCCUGUCUGAGAAUGCGUUACUUUUGCCGGAUGUCCUGGUAAAGGGCAACCCUCCCUCGGUAUGGCUGCGCAACAGCCCCGUGUGCUCAGGCGACGGUGAAGACAUCAAUGCCCAAAAAGAAGAGGUCUCCAAUGGUCGGAUCUACCCCCGUUCUCCAGCAGAUGGUCAUCGCCUAGGGGAUCCCAUCGAUCCAGCAGACGCGUCUCAAAUCGAUGCCGCCAUCUCAGCUGCCGAGAAAGCGCAGAAGUCAUGGUCCCAGACCAGCUUCUCCCAACGACGACGCGUUCUACGCACACUCUUGCGAUACAUCAUCGACCACCAAGAGGAGGUCGUGACGGCGUGCUGCCGCGAUUCUGGGAAGACGAAGAUUGAUGCUUGCUUCGGCGAGAUACUCGUCACAGUCGAGAAGCUGCAAUGGACAAUCAAACAUGGUGAAAAGGCAUUGCGCAGAUCGAGACGACCCACAAAUCUCCUCAUGUCCUACAAGUCCAAUUCUGUCGUCUACGAGCCGCUGGGUGUGGUCGCAGCAUGCGUGAGCUGGAACUAUCCUUUCCACAAUUUCAUCUCACCCGUCAUUUCAGCCUUAUUCUCGGGUAAUGCAAUCGUGGUCAAGCCGAGCGAACAGACUUGUUGGAGCACGAGCUACUUUUUGUCCAUUAUCCAAGAAGCCUUGCGCUUGUGUGGCCACGAUCCAAACCUGGUGCAGAACAUCAUUUGUCUGCCAGACGUCGCGGAUCAUCUUACACGUCACCCCAACAUCGGCCACAUCACUUUCAUAGGCAGCAGAGAAGUUGCCCAUAAGGUAUGUGCGUCUGCAGCGAAGGCGUUGAUCCCAGUCACUGUGGAGCUCGGAGGGAAGGAUCCUGCCAUUAUACUCGACGACGCCAGGACGAUCCGAGGCAUCGAUGAUGUGGUGUCCAUCGUUAUGCGUGGAGUUUUCCAAUCUGCUGGGCAGAAUUGUAUCGGCAUCGAGCGUGUCAUCGCACUACCACACAUCCACGACAAGCUCCUUUCUCAGGUUCUACCAAAGAUCAAGCUCAUGCGACCGGGCUCGGUGCUUGACUCGCCCUCCGACAGCCCACCAGACAUGGGCGCCAUGAUAUCCUCUCGCAGCUUUCCUCGUCUCGAGAGGCUUAUAGCUUCGGCUGUCGCUCAGGGCGCUAUACUCCAUUGUGGUGGACAGCAGUAUCAUCACCCGGAAUAUCCUGAUGGAACGUACUUCGCACCGACACUCCUCAGCAAUGUCACGCCGGACAUGGACAUCGCGCAAACGGAACUCUUCGCCCCCGUCUUCCUGCUCAUGAAAGCCCAAGACGUCGAUGACGCCAUCCGCAUUGCCAACUCCACCCCCUACGCCUUGGGUGCGGGUGUCUUCGGGCACAACCCGACCGAUAUCGACAAAUGUGUCAGAGGCAUCAAAGCAGGGAUGGUCGCCGUCAACGACUUUGGCGCCUACUACGCUACGUCUCUGCCCUUUGGCGGAGUCAAAGGCUCAGGGUACGGCCGGUUCGGAGGAGAAGAAGGACUCAGGGCGCUGUGUAACGUCAAAGCCGUGUGUGAAGACGCUUGGUGGGCCAGACUACUGGGGAUCAAGACCAGAAUUCCGCCAAAGUUGCAGUAUCCCGUUAGUCGGCACGGAUGGGAAGUUUGUAAAGGCGUGAUAGGCACCGGGUACACGCAGACCUUGAGUCUUGCCGAAUGGGCAGGGUGCGUACUGGGCUUGGUGAGGGUGCUGAUGCGGUCUGAGGGUGUUCCAAAAGGCGAAUGA